GGGCAGGUCCGGGCAGGUCCGGGCGCGAGUCGCAGGGACGUGCCCCAGGUAAGGGCCCGCGGCGGACUGCCCCACGGCGGUGGCUCGCGGCCAGCCGUCGGGCCGCGCCGCGCCGGUAUAUUUAGUCGCGCUGUCCGAGGCCGUCAGUUGCGCGCCAUGGACUUCCUCGCCAGGCUGCUGCACAAGAGGCCCGCCGAGCCGCCCCAGAGUGGGGGUGGCUCGCCUGUCACACCAGUCACAGGUCCUGUGCCUACAGCGACAGCCACUGCUAUUGUCGCACCCUUCAGCAUCUCUAGCCGUGAAACUCACGAGGCUAAUGUAGAGUUCACUCGCGACCUGGUAGUUCAGCUCGUAGAGAACUUGCCCACCAAGAGUGUGAAGGUUGAACCUCCAGUGGUCCAGAUCAUCGGCGAACCUCACAUUAAAGGUAGUCACUCACCUUGCAAGUCCUUGAGCAUCUCGGAGAACAGCUUUACGAGUGUGAACAGCAGUAAUGCUCCACAACGCAGUGAUCUGCAUGGUGAAGACACAGACAAGAAGCAGACUGAUACAGAUACAGACACAGCAGAGUAUGAAAGUGCUGGUGACUCCACCGUCCCCCCUUCACCUCUGGGAAGUUUAGCUGGAGACUACUGUUCUCAAGAUAAGCCUGCUACUGGUGGUGAUGUGGCUCCUGUGGCGGAGAAGGGAUCUCCUUGUGCUCAACUAAAACAAACAGCUGUGAAAGUAGAUGAAGGCAGACCAAAUUCAGCUCAUGAUUUGCCCCAAGUUCAGAAUGAUUUGAACAUCAGCGGGCUAUGCUCAGCUCUUGAAGGUUUUCAUUUACAGUCCCCCAUCAGUGGCACAGCUAAUAGUACUUCAGACUCAAUUUGUGAUACUAGUCAAAGUUUCAGCGAGUUUCAGUCAACUCCUGUGAGUAAAGAAAAACUUCCUGUCCCUUCUAAAACUUCCAAUUUAGCAGUACACGUUGAAGGUGGUCAAGAAAAUAGUGACCAGCCAGUCCCACGUGUUUCUGUUUUUGAAGAACCAACAAGCAAUGUAUGUUCACUCGUAAGUUCGCUGUCUGAGAAUUUACCCUGUGAGCAAGGUAAUUCAACACCCCCAAUUGGAAAGUGCGAUGCAGAAACUAAAGUAACUGUUGUUGAAACAGAAUUUUUUAGUGAGGUUCCGAAUAAAACUUCAACACCCACAGAUGAUUGUGUUUCUACAACUGAAAAAGAAACGGAUUAUGAAAAAGAUUCUAUAAAUACUGUACUUGAACCUCUUAUAGUUUCAUCAGGAGAAAAAGUUUGUACAGAGUUUGGCAAGACAGAACAUACAGCUGAUAUAUCAUCAGUAGUUGAACCAGAAUGUGUGAAUGGAGAAAGACAUGAACAGUUUUCAGUUAACUCUGUUUCACACUCAGCGGUUGCUAAAUCACUGCAAGAGACAUUCGAGCUUCUACCGGAAGUUCCAUCCUGUGAUGAAGCUGAAGUCCCAGCAGAGCCGGUGAACCAGACAUUUGAGAUUUUGCUGGAUGGUGAACCAAAAGUCCAGUCCCAAGUUCAAUCGUUGAAUACGACUUUUGAUCUUUUGCCUACUGAAGUUUCAGCAGAACCUUUGAACACUACAUUUGAACUUGCACCCAGUGUGCCACUUGACAGCAAGUUGCAAGAAACACCACAGUUGCUAAACAAAACAUUUGAAUGUCAACCUGAUGAGCCUGCCGUCUGUAAAUCUGAGGUAGAAACUUUGAACACAACAUUUGAACUUUCAACAUGCUUGUUACCAGAAAAUAGGCCUCAAGAAACAUUUGAACCAUUUGUUAAUGAUAUUGCUGUCUGUAAAGCUGAAAGUGUAGCAGAACCUUUGAAUAAGACAUUUGAACUUUUGCCUGAUUUACAAUCUUGCAAUUCACAAGUUUCAUCACAGGCAUUGAAAGAAAUUAAUGGAGAUUCUACAGACAGGAAGGAAUUUGCACCACAGCUAUUAAAUCAAACAUUUGAGCUUGAAGAUGAAUCAAUUGAAAGAAGUAAGUUUGCACAUCCCGAGACUAAUAAUUCCAUUUGUGUUUUAAAUAGGAUUGAUUUAAAUGGUAAUGCCCAAUUAGAAUCCAUUCAGGUUUUUGAAGGUGAAGUGAUUGGUGGAAAAUUAGUUUCGACACCACCUGCAAAAUUUGUCAGUUUGUCAGAUGUAGGAUCUAAAUCCAGGAAAAAUGUUGUAAACUCUCUGAAACUCUCUGACGAUUGUUUGCAGCAAGUUCCAUAUGGUAGUAAACUUGAAAAUCUAGAUCUUUGUGAGCAGAGUCACUGGCCUUCCAGUUCUGUAACUAGAUGUGAUGAGCAUUCUUUGUUAGCGCAUUGUGAAUCACGAGACGCGUCAAAGCUUAUUGAACUUUACAAAAUUUGUGAUGAACAACAGAAAGCUUUAGAGCAAGAAGAUGAAGAAUUUGUGAACGCAGAGGCUUUUUUUGCCAAUGAACGUGACAUUUUGAAAUCAUCUGAAGCAUCUCUUUGCUCGAGUGUCAGCGAAGCAGAGUUGCCUAAAGUGAAACCUAACACUGCAGAUGAUAACAAAGAAGUUGGUUUUGAGCAAAUCUCUGUAGAAGCCAAGAGGUUGUCUCAGCAGUUUGCGAGGAGUGCUUCUGAAGUUAUACCUAGUGCGUAUGCAGGUGACACUUUGAACGUGGUAGACUUGGCAGAAAUGGAGAACUCCAGCCGUGUGGAAUGUACGAACAAGUCUGCGGUGGGCUGUUCCCCAGCAUCCAACAGGCAGUCUCCACGGUCUAUGCAUGGCAGCCGUGGGAGCAGUCCUGCCAAGAGGCCGGUGGGUGGCGAUGGGACACCUAAAAACAAGCAUAAGACUGUUUCAAACAACCCCAACGAUCAGGACUACUCUGACGUUGAAGAUCCCUUCAAGCCGAGGUCCAGGAUCCAUAACUCCCCACAAAGAAAUCAAUCCAUUGGCGAGGUGUCAGUGUUGUCUCAAGAGGUUUGCAAGAAGGAGAUUGAGGGGAGUUCUCUUCAGAACUCAACCAACAAUUGCCAUAAUCUUAGCGAAGCUGGACCAGAAAUAGCUGAAGUUUCAGGUUCAGAAGUUUUCAAGGAUCCUUCUGCAUUUGAUUUCCUGUCAUCGCUGGGCUCUCAGCAGCACUCUGACCGCAACGCUCGCUUGGAGUCCUUGUAUGUCAAGUUUGAUCCCCUGGUGGGGUCAGCGGCAACCACGAACAGUGAGGUCGUCCUGCCAGCAGGAGUCGUCAACGGCUCCCGCACAGCAGAGGAGUACAGUUCCAGGCUGGGCGACAGUACCGGGAACCUCUUGGACCUGGAAGGCGGCGACACGCCGGCGCCCGGGGAAGAGUCUCCGCUCCAGACCCCAGGGAGGCUUGCGGCAGGAGACGACACCUCGACCGGGAUACGAGUGACCCCGUCGCCGGCGUCCCUGCUCAUCGACAAGCUGAUAUCCCUGAGCCCGUCCCCCGCCAAGGUCUCGCCCAGGCCCUCGCCCCCGCGGCAGCAGGCCCCGUCCCCCAGGAGGGCCGUGGAUGCCAGCCCGGCCCAGCAGAGCCCGGCUGGAAGGAAGGCGCACCCCUCUCCGGCCGCGAAGCCUGGCCUGUCGCAGAUGGAGCAGGAGGCGAUGCUGCAGGAACUGUUCAGACUGAAGGAGCUCCUGAACGAGCAGGACAAGGCUCAUGCGGUGGAAGCGGCCAGGAAGGAUCGCGAGAUGGCGGGAUUGCAAAGCAGGCUCACGGAAGCUGAAGAAAAGUGUAACAAGGCAAAUAGGCAAGUAGCUGAGAAGGUGAAGACUGCUAAGGACAUGAGCGUGAUUCUGGAUGAAUACGAGAAGACCAUCUCGCGGUUGAUUGCGGACAAGGAACAGGAGCAGCGAGCUCACGAACUGCAGGUGUCCGCCAUUGCCAAGGAGAGAGACGUUCACAAGGGCCACCUGGACACCAUAGAGAUAGCAUUUUCCGACCUUCACAAGAAGUAUGAGAGGAGUAAAGAAAUUAUAGAAGGUUUGAGGAAGAAUGAAGAAGUGUUGAGGGCGAGCUUAGCAGAGUACGAGAACUCAAUUCGGUCGAAGGUGCAGCAGUAUGAAGCGCUGAAGAAACAUGCAGUGAGCCAGCUUGAGGACGCCAACCAGGAGCUGGACGCGGUGCGCCGCGCUCACGCCGCAGAGUCGGCCAAGCUGCACGCCAUGCUGAAGAAGGCGGAGCUGAAGGUCAGCUCGCUGGAGGAGAUGCUGGAGCAGAAGAUCAAGGAGAACCACGAGCUGACCCACAUCUGCGACGAGCUCAUCAACAAGGUCGGCGCGGGCAACUAGGGGAUCCGUCCCUCGUCUGUACUUAACCCCCGGUCUUCUUCGUUUGUGUUACAUGUCGGGUGUUCCUUGUGCUGGAAACUAUUAAUUGCGUUAAAAUUAUUUUUUAUAUCUGUUCGUGUGAGGUAAAUAAAAGGUUUGCAGAAAUAUUUACUAUUUUUACCAUCUUAUAGGUUAGUUUUUUUUUCUUUUUCAAAAUCUACAAAAAAAAAGGGUUAUAUAUUUUUUUUUUUACCCCAACCCGUAUAUAAAAGUACAGAUAUCAUUAGUUUGAACUCUGUUAUUACAGAAUAAUCUUUUUUUUUUAAAUCUCUUUAAAAAAUAAUUUCUUCCCUCUGUUUUUUUUUUCACUGAUCUGUACAACAUAUUAGUUUCAUUGAUUGGCAUGUUAACAUUGUAGUGUUGCUGGCCACAGCAUGUAGUAUCAAACUCCUUUUAGUUUUAUUACAGUGUAUCAGAGGCAGGAUUUUAAAAAGUCACCACAAUAAUCAUGCAUAAAUAUUUUUAACUCUGUGGCUUCUUAGCAAUUUCUUUGGAUUUUGCGGUGAUUAUAUGUUCUGUUUCCAACAGAUGGUUGGCUAAUAUGUAGUUCACUCGGUUGAUGACAGGUAGCGUGUGUGUGCCAAGCAUUUGUGCUGUUAGGCUGCGAGCCAGCAAGCAAGCCAUCCUGCAAUAUCUAUAUUUAAUUGCAUAUGCAGGUGCCCUGUGUUAACUGAUACCACAACUACCGCUGCUGCAAGAAACCAUUGUGCCCUGCGCUUUAUGAUCUUCCACAGAUUUAGCAAUUAUAAUGUCUGCAAAACCACGCAUUGUGAGCUAAUUUCUGGUCAUGAUAUACCAUGUUUUAUCGCAUAAUCGUUGCACUGUUGGUUUAGCGUGUCAAAAAUUUUGGGGGAAGGAAUUCUUUCAUAAAAGUUGUGAUAUUUUCACUAUUUGAUUCAGAGUCCUUUGUCUAGGUAGUAAACAUGACCUUACUAAAGAUUACGGGGAAAAUCACCAUGCAAAAGCAGUCAGUUUUAAAGUUUGCUAUCAGGCAGUGUGGUAGUUAUAAUGGGAAAAAACAGUAAUUUCAAUUAACAGUAAAACUUAUUUUAGAUUUACCAGCACAAUAAAAUUUCCUAUCCAAUACGGUCAAAUGUUUCUGUCGUACCAUUAUUUUCUUAAGAUGUAACUUUUUUCCCCAUGUAAGAUGUUGCCUAUUAACUUCUUUUCCCGUAUAAAACUAUGCAUUUUAAAGUUAAAAUCCAUUAUUGGUUAGGAUAUUACCGCUUACCUAUUUAAUUAACAAAUACGAAAUUGUUCGAUGUGUAAAUUUUCUUUUAAAGAUGUUUUCAAACAUUAUAACCUUUAUCUGUUUGUAGCCAGCGCUAUUUGGCAUCAUUCUGUUUGGUUACAUUGAUGCUCAUAUAGUGUGUGGCUAAUGUGGAUAUUGAUAGCUCGCCGAUUGCAUCCAAUGCACGCGCUCUGUCUCGUGCAGAGUAAAUUACAUUUGAUAGCUGCACUCUUUCGUGGCUAGUGUGUACUACGACGUAACCGUAUUUACCCGUGUAUGGGCCGCACAUUGUAUGGCCAAUUUUUUGUUUAAUAUGAUGUACUGCGACCCAUAUCCAAAUUUAUAUUUUGUUUAAAAAGAAAUUAACAUUGCACUGUGUGGUUGAAUAUGUGCCCAAAUAACUAUCCUGUGCUGAUUUUUAAUAAACUUAUUAAUAUUUCGUAUAAAUUUUUCAGUUAAAAUAUCUCAGCAGUGCAUGUAAAGUAUCAUGAACUGCGCUGUUAAGCUGUUUCUGCCUCCAGUAAGUGACGUUGUCUGCAGGGUGUCCACUGUUAGUACUUUCGUACUAGAUCUAGUACUAUUAUAAGUUUUUUAGUGGUCUAGUACAUUUACGCUCAGAUCCAGUACUUUUUUCUUUAAUAUAUCUAAUAAUAUUACAGUAACUCCAAUAUGUUUUAUUAUUAAGCAUAAUUAUUUUUAAAAACUAUGGAAUUUAUGUGUAUGUGUGGUGUGAUAUUUAAGUUCAAGCAUUGCAAUGCUAUAGUAACUUCCUAAAUUGUUAAUACCAUAAAAAAUUAUAAUUUAGAACUUUUUUUUUUCAAAUAUAGUACUUUUUCUCGCUUAAGUUGGUACAAAAUAUUUUUUCUUUGUGGACACCCUGGUUGUCUGCCAGCGGACUGGUUCUCGGCAAGAGGGGAAAUGUGAAAAUAAACCAGCCAGAGAUGUAAGGGGUUUGUGUGCGUGCAUGUGUGUGGCCAUGCAGCUGUGUUUAUGGCUCUCCCUCCUCCUUUCAUCACUGUAAAUGUCCGCCAUACACGAUCAUCACGUCUAUCUCGACAGGUUUUUGUAACGCGAUUGUAUUCAAACAUUGUUUUUGGCAUAAGAUUUCCCACGCUUUCUACUGCAACAUUCCAUGACAAAACUGCUGAGAAGUAUGUUUUUUUUCUAUAUGAGAGGAAUUGACCAAAAAAAAGAGCAGCACCAUCUUUUUUCGCUUGGGGAAGGAGAUGAGUAAAAAACACAAUAAAUGGGGAAGGGGAAAAUGACUAAAAAAAACUAGUAUUUUUGGGCUAUGAAGGCUGAAUAAGGGAGAGAUAAAGAGAAGAACCAGUGCCUCUACUGGAGACAUUUAUGGAGCCACUCAUAUUAGAGGGAGACCCUUACUCUGAAAAUUUAAGAUUUUUUUACCCAAAAUUUUAGAUUCAACCCAUACGCAGGGGCGACUAUUCUGCAGGUAAAUAUGGUAAUUAUGGGUACACCACGAUAGUUGGCUCACAGUUUUGGUUUUUGUAUUUUAAGAUGAAAAAAAAAUGUUUUUGUUGCAUGACUAAUUAAUUUAAAUUAUUUUAUGCCCUUUUGUACUUUGCUUUUUAAUUAAAUGUACUUUUCAUGCAAUAUGGUUUGUUUUUAUGAAUAACUUGACGUCAACAAAAAUGCUGUUCUUGCAUAAAAAUUGCACCUCUACUUUUCAAAAUUGAUUAUAGCAAAAUGUUUGAUUAUAAAAAAAAAAUCUGUAUUUUUCAGAUAAAACACUUUCCAGUUGGAAAAUUACAAUUUUAUACAUGUAUGAAACAGUUAUGUAGUGGUGGUAAAAUAAUUUUAUUAUUAUUUUAUUUAAUUAGUUCCAUAAAAUUUUUAAGGCAUAAUUUAAUUUAAUAUUUUUGGCACUAUGCAUAAGUAACUGCAGUAUUUAUUCAAAAAUUUAGUUUUGAAGUACAUUUCAUAUUUUCUUUUUGAUGCCUGUCUUGUGUGCUUAAAAUUUUAGGAUCAAAGUUUUUUUACUUGAUGUCCUUACAAUAAAUUGUGUAUUUGAACUGACUGAACAUUACAGGUAUUCUUACAUACCCAACAGAAUUUAUAGAUUGAGAACAUUGCUCAAUUAAAAUUGGUUUUGAAAAGAACUGGUACUGAGCAUUUUUCAUGAAUUUUUUGUUUUGUGUUAGAAAUGUAAUAACUUAAAAACCGAGGGAUAGCUUAUUUUUUUUAAAUAUUGUUUAACUAAUUACUAUUUAGGUACACAAAUCAGUGAUCACAUGUAACUUUGUGAUGUUUAAAGUUUGAUACAUGAUACGAGAAAUUAAUUAUGCCCUCUGCUCAUUUUAUUGUUAUUCUACUUUUCACUUUCCAACUCUAUCAUGAGUCAUUGUACAUAUUGUAAUUAUUUUGCUGUUAAAUUAACUGUACCUAUAUAGCAAACAUUGGUUGCAGACAUUUGCAAUGUCUGUCUUUUGUCCAGCACUGGUGCAGUUAAGAGCCUUAAUAAUACAUGUGAUAAUUGCAAGAUUUAUUUUCUGCCUUUGGUAGUGAAGAUUGUAGAAUUGUGUCUGCCUAAAUAUUUGUUUUGGAGUUAGUUGUACUGACAUCUGUAGUUCCUCUGGGAAUCAAUUUUACUAUAUCCAAUCUUUGCAAAAAAAUUUGUGACAAUUAAAAAAUGAACAGUUACAUGCAAUGCUAUAUUUCAGUGCUGAAAUUCAUGGAAAUGUUACAAAGUUUACAUUUUGUCUGUACAUAUAUAAAAUCAAGAGUGUAUAUUACUGCUAUGUUUUAUAAGGCUAAGCAAAUUUACCUGUUUUAGAUUACUGAUGAAAAACAUUGCAUUCAACUUUUUCGUCGUAGUUUGUUCAAUUCUGUAUAAAACUGUCAUUUAAAUAUAAUAAAGCAGAAGUUUAACUAAA